CAAAUAUCCAAUCCACCAUCACCCCUCUCUCCCUCUCUCUCUCUCUCUCGCUUCCACCUCGACGCCCCUUGGCCAUGGAGAGGGCGCCGCAGCACCUCCUCCGCGUGGUGCUCAGCUGCCGCAGGAUCACGGCGGAGGUGACGGCGCCGGCGCCGCGCUCGGAGGCGAUCGUGGCCAUGGCGUCGUCGUCGGAGCCCGAGUUCGCGGCGGCGGAGCGCGCGCGCCUCGGGGAGAGGCUCGCCGCGCGCCUCCGCGAGCUCGGCGUCGCCCGCGUCCGCCUCGACCUCGACGAGGAGCUCGCCCGCCCCCCGCACCACCGCCGCCCCCUCUCCUCCCUCUUCCUCUCCGUCCAGCGCGCCGGCGUCCGCGUCGACGGCGCCGACGAGCUCCGAUGGCCUUGACCCGUAUAACGGACGGAUCCAAAUUUGGGGAUCUUUACUUGUGUGAGUGUUAGGGUUAGGGUUUGGCUUUGGAUUUCGCUUGAGGAGCGCAAAAGUGUCAUUUUUGC